GGGUCUCCCAAGAAGAGGAUGCUGCCUGGUGCUGGGGUUCAUGUAUAAGGAGAAGUACAGGAGAAUGACUGAAGGUCAAGCAUCUUCCUUUACUCAGCAGCCUCAAGAUCAGGUGGUAAUAGCUGGGCAGCCCGUGACCCUGCUGUGUGCGAUCCCUGAGUACAACGGCAUCGUGCUGUGGAUUAAAGAUGGACUUGCCCUAGGAGUAGGCCGGGAUCUCUCAAGCUAUCCACGCUAUUUGGUUGUCGGAGACCAUUUGUCUGGGGAGCAUCAUCUGAAAAUCCUCAGAGCGGAUCUCCAAGAUGACGCCAUAUAUGAGUGCCAAGCCAUUCAAGCGGCCAUCCGAUCCAGACCAGCCCGGUUGACUGUUCUCGUUCCACCAGAUGACCCAGUUAUCAUUGGGGGACCGGUCAUUAGCAUGAGAGCAGGUGAUCCCUUGAACCUGACCUGCCAUGCAGACAAUGCCAAGCCAGCAGCCUCCAUCAUCUGGAUGCGGAAGGGAGAAGUUAUCAACGGAGCUACCUACUCCAAGACCCUCCUCCGCGAUGGCAAAAGAGAAAGCAUUGUGAGCACACUCUUUAUUGCUCCAUCUGACAUUGAGAAUGGAGAAAGCAUUGUCUGUCGGGCCACUAACAAGGCCAUUCCUACCGGAAAAGAGACCUCUGUCACCAUCGACAUACAGCACCCACCUCUCGUGAACCUGUCAGUAGAGCCCCAGCCUGUCCUGGAGGACAACACGGUGAAGUUUCACUGCUCUGCAAAGGCCAACCCUGCAGUAACCCAGUACAGGUGGGCAAAAAAAGGCCAAGUUAUAAAGGAAGCAUCAGGUGACUUCUAUGAAACCGUUGUGGACCACACCUUUUUCUUCGAGCCCGUAUCCUGUGAGGUGACCAAUGCUUUGGGCAGUACUAACAUCAGCAGGACUGUAGAUGUCUACUUUGGGCCCAGGAUGGCAACAGAACCACAGUCCCUCCUCGUUGACCUGGGGUCAGAUGCAGUAUUCAACUGCGCUUGGACUGGAAAUCCAUCUCUGACCAUUGUCUGGAUGAAGCGGGGCUCAGGCGUGGUCCUGAGCAACGAGAACACAUUGACACUAAAGUCUGUCCGUCAAGAGGAUGCUGGGAAGUAUGUCUGCCGAGCAGUGGUUCCACGGGUGGGCGCAGGAGAACGGGAGGUGACUCUGACUGUCAACGGGCCUCCUAUCAUCUCCAGCACACAGACUCAGCAUGCCUUGCACGGGGAGAAGGGACAGAUCAAGUGCUUCAUCCGCAGCACCCCUCCGCCAGACAGAAUCGCCUGGUCCUGGAAGGAGAACGUGCUAGAGUCAGGAACCUCUGGGCGCUACACAGUGGAGACCGUCAGCACAGAUGAAGGUGUUAUCUCAACACUGACCAUUAGCAACAUUGUUCGAGCUGAUUUCCAGACCAUUUACAACUGCACUGCCUGGAAUAGCUUUGGCUCAGACACUGAGAUCAUCCGGCUGAAAGAACAAGGUACGGAAAUGAAAUCAGGAGCUGGUAUGGAAGCAGAGUCGGUGCCCAUGGCGGUGAUCAUAGGCGUGGCUGUGGGGGCAGGAGUGGCAUUCCUGGUGCUGAUGGCCACCAUCGUGGCGUUCUGCUGUGCACGCUCACAGAGAAAUCUGAAAGGUGUGGUAUCCGCCAAGAAUGAUAUCCGUGUGGAGAUCGUGCAUAAGGAGCCUGCCUCAGGCAGAGAGACAGAAGAACACCCCACCAUCAAGCAGCUGAUGGAAUCCAAGCCGAGGGAUGGAUCUCAGGACGGCGCCCUGCGCAGCCACGACCGCUGCCGAGGACUGCAAACAGCAGCUGCUGGCAGACAGCGAUGCCAGGCAGAAUCAGGGACCAUCGUAAUGUGCCCGGGAUCUGGAUGUGCCCUUGAAUUCAACAGUCCUGGCAAUAAGUUAAUGGCAGCUACUCAGUUUUAACAGGUCUAUGGGUAGUUUUAUCACCAGCCAUCUGCGUGACAACAGCAUGACCAAAGUACAAAAGCAUAUUGGUAUCUUCAUCCAUAUGGUGGCCAGGAACACAGGGCCAAACAGGGGCAGGGAGCUAGAAUACAUAUAAAGUGUGUAUUUAAUGAGCAGAGCUAAACCCCUGCUCACCAGCUCUCAGUGGAAGGUCACGGUAACAGCAGGAGCUGUGGGUCCCAGCUAGGGCAUUGUUCCUCCCCAUACCACUCUGCCAAAGCUGCUCCUCAUGGCCAGCAAGAAGAGUGCCAGAGAGAGAAUAUUCCUGUACAACCACACUCCACCUUGCUGCUCCAUCCCACAGUGUCCCAGCUCUUCUGGGUCACCUUGCCAAGACUGGCAGAUCUUGGGCAGGGCUGGGGUGCAGCUUGGGUCCCACUGGGAGCCACAUGAUGCUGGGCAGGAAGUGUUUUCAGUGGUUUGAACAAGCUGGGUGGGAGUCCUGGGCAGAUGUGAGGUGCCGGCUUAGCA